GCAUGGUUUUAAAUAUCAAUUAUUGUGUAACACAUGCUCUAUACCAGUUUAUUGUCCCUGGAUACACCAUUCAGGAGGAUUUUUAAACAAUUUUUCAUACAAUACAUACAUGUAUAUGAUUAAUGCACGUACAGUACACUGCAGUUUUCGUCACGAGACAGUUCUGUAGGCAACAGUAAUUCUACGUUACAGAUUACCCCAGUGACAGUACUAGUAUUGUGCCGACUCCGCGAGUUCCAAGGCUUCUCUCUCAGGGUGAUCCUUCAGCUUUAUGUUCUAGCGUAACCAGAAACAGACGGCACAUUCAUCAUGGCGUGUACGCAUAUUGAUUCAAAAGUCGCGGAAGAAAUAAUGGAGUCAACAGACAACUUUGUGUUUGACUGUUUUGGUGUGUUGUGGAAAGGUACGGACGCAGUCCCGGGUAGUGUGGAGACGAUAAAACUGCUGAAAUCAAGGGGAAAGAAGGUUUACUACUUAACAAACAACAGUAACGACACGAGACAGUACUACCUAAAUACAUGUCAUCAAUACGGAUUUAAUGCCACGGAGGACGAGGUUUUGUGUACUGCCUACGCCAGCGCUUUGUACCUACACAACCGGAAGUUUACAGGCAAGGUAUACGUCAUAGGGAAUCCGGCCAUGGGGGAGGAGUUAGACAGAUUCGGAAUACGUCACACUGGCCUGGGGCCUGAUACUGUAGGAGACCAAAGGAGAUUGGAAGAUUUCGUCCCCACGGAACUAGACCCAGAGAUUGGCUGUGUACUAGUGGGGUUCGAUCCAAACAUCAGUUUUAUCAAAAUGGUGAAGGGUGCGUCGUACGCCCGACGUCCAGACGUCCUGUUCCUGGCUACAAACGAGGAUACCCACCUCCCUCUCCACACAGAGGACGUUGUCGUACCAGGAACCGGAAGUAUAGUAUCGUCUAUAAAAGUUCCGGCCAGGAGGGAACCUGUUGUCGUCGGGAAGCCUCAACCUGCGAUCUUUGACGUCCUUAAAGAUGCUCACAAUUUAGACCCAGCCAGGACAAUGAUGGUUGGGGACACCCCCAGUACCGACAUCCUAUUGGCUAAGAACUCGGGCCUGAAGUCCCUACUGGUACUUUCUGGGAUCACCACACAGGAGGACAUGGAGGCCCUGGGAGCGUCGUCUGACCCCGCCACCAGGCGACUAGUACCAGACUUCUAUGCUGAGAAUCUGGGAGUACUGGGGCAGUAUAUACGACACCAACAGGACAAGGGGAACUUUGGACACAUUAAUAACAAUUCUGCCAUAUAAACAUUACUGUCGACGUGUUCAUGUACGAUUGUGUAGCAUGCAUUCAAUGGCCAUAACCAAGUUUUAUAACUUUUAUUAUCGCGAAAUCAAUAUUCAAGAGUAUACACACAAUAUAUUAUACAGUGGUUAAAAGCUGUGAACUAUAGUAAUGAUAUAUUUUACUGUAGGAAGUAUUUAAAAAUAACUUCCUACAUCAUGCUACCUGAGCAAUUCAUUCUAAUUAUGACCGUGGUGACAAGGAUGGAUGAGCGUUUUAAUGGUUGUUGUUGAGAUUUAGUUUAAAAUCCUACCUGAUGUUAGGGGUACCUUAGAGUAGAGUUUGUGUAUGUAUUGAUGACUUAUAAUUCAUAGUCCAGUUUCUGAGGUCAUGUUUUAGUGACUAUUUCCGUUGUGUCUAUCAUCGUACAUAAACCGGAAGUACUGUUUCUAUAAGUACAAUACCGGAAGUACCACACCGGUAACGUUAUAUGUGACACCUGAUGUUGUCCUACCAACUGUUACAAGAAAACGUGAAAGAAGGUAAUCAUUUUCAAAAUGUCGGACUCUAAAGUAGACGAAAAUAUCAGUGUGACGUCCGACGCCGACGUAAAGAACGCCUUAGAACAGCUGGCCGUGUUACAGACAGAUGGCACUCAAGAUGUCAACGUAUGGACUGGUAUACUAUCCGUGAUCAAAUCGGUUCAAAGAAGUUCACUGGGGUCAGGGAAAUCGUAUCUGACCUCCGGAAUUUUCACGGAAGACGGAAUGCUACUUCUAACGGAUCACAUCGGUCGGAGGCUUGUGUUGGUAGAUCAAAGCUACACGUUUUUGGAGGAGUUCAAGUUGGACGGAAAACCCACCGAUAUCACGCGUGGUAACGAACCUUACGAGUACUUCGUGGCUUUGAGAGAGGACGGAAUUCUAAGGUGUACAUUCCGUGGUGGCCAGUUUACUGCAUUAGGACGAUUGCUGAGUCCGACAGGAGCAUGGGGUAUCGGUUUCCUUGGUAACACACGUGUGGUGGGUACGGAAAAAUUCAUAUGUAUGCUUGGAUCGGAUGGCCAGGAUAUUCGGUCAAUGAGCAAGAGCGGCGCAGACACAUACAUAGCAUUGUUGAAGGCAGAGAACCUAUUGUACCAUAAAGAUGGUAACACUAUCGUGGGCAGGCAGUCUAACGGGGUGGAGAUCUUUCGUUACAUGGUCAACAGUUUGGUGUAUCCGGUUGGCCUCGAUCUGGAUCAGGACGGAAACCUUUAUGUGUGUGGACGUAACUCGAAAAACGUCCAUCUGGUGUCCAAGAACGGGCUCAAGGACAGAGUACUCUUGUCCAAACUGGUCAGCAUCAACACCCCGUAUGCCGUUGUGGUCAAUCCUUUCAGACAGGAGAUCGUGGUCACGUCCAGUCAGGAAGCCAUAGCUUUCGAAGUGUACACGUUUUGUGACAAUAAAUGACCUAAGUAAUGGUCAGUACUUGGUCAGUACUCGGUCAUCAGUACUCGGUUACGUUUAUACGAGUACAGUUUUGUACUCUGUAAGUCAGACUUAGUGAUGUUAUACCUGUAUUAUACGAUACGUCAAACAUGUUCCGAGGAGUAUUUUUUUUUAUAACGUACUAUAACUAAUUGCAUGUCAAUAUUUAUCAUAAAAUUGUGUCAAUUACAGUGAGGGUCGGUAUACACGUACCAGUAUACAUUUAUAUUUGUAUCAUUAAAUCCGUUAUCGGCCGUUUUUAAUUGUUCUUUCUAGAUGAGGUAAUGUGUUUUUUUUAUUUUAUUUAUUUAUCUUUUCGUUGUAUACAUAUAGUACAUGUAUAUCAUAUAUCAAUGAAUUCAUUACCCUAAAUAAAAAGGUAAUCAUAUUAAACAACACGGUUACUUCUUUGACCUAUAACCUUUGUGACCUUUGUUAUAACUUUUGGUUUGAUGUUACACAUGCAAAUAAAAGUUAUUUAAUAUUUA